AUGAGUAACAUUGAGAUACCCGCUGGUUUGAAGGAGCUGCUACAAGUAUACACGGUGGAAGUGCUUCGCCGCAGGCCGCCAGACUUGGUUGAAUUUGCGGUUCAGCAUUUUACUCGUAUUCUGGAGAGCCAAAGGAAGGAGCAACUAGCCAGGAAACACAGUGGCAAACGGAAAGGAGUCACUUUUGAAACCAAAUCAGAUAAUUCUACCAAGGAUGAUGAAGAGGAGGAGGAUGAGGAGGAGGAGAUUGUUAAGUGCACCACUGGUAAAUUCAAUCGCAGAGUUUCAGUUUGCGCAGAGCCCUACAACCCUGAUGAUGAUGAAGAUGAUGACACAGAACCUCGGAUUGUGUAUCCCAAAACAGAUGUGCAGCGUCGCAGGCUUCAGGAUGCAUGCAGAGACAUUUUACUGUUUAAAACACUUGAACAGGAGCAGUUCUCUGAAGUUUUGGACGCCAUGUUCGAGGUGCUGGUCAAACCUCUGGAGCACAUCAUAGACCAAGGAGAAGAUGGAGACAAUUUCUACGUCAUAGAGAAUGGUGUGUAUGAUAUUGUAGUGCAGAAGGACGGAGUGAGCGUGUGUGUUGGAAAGUAUGACAACAAGGGCAGUUUUGGUGAACUGGCUCUCAUGUACAACACGCCACGGGCUGCCACAAUCAUUGCGACACAGGAAGGUUCCCUGUGGGCCCUGGAUCGAGCCACAUUUCACAGACUGAUUGUUAAAAAUAAUGCAAAGAAGAGGAGGAUGUACGAGGCCUUUAUUGAGUGUGUCCCCCUUCUGAAGUCUCUCGAGCUCUCUGAGAGAAUGAAAAUCGUUGAUGUUUUGGGAGCACGAGGGUACAAAGAUGGAGAUCGCAUAAUAACACAGGGAGAGAUCGCUGACUGUUUCUACAUUGUGGAAUCAGGAAAAGUGAAGAUUAUGAUAAAAAGCAAAACAAAGGCCGACCAGCAAGACAACACAGAGGUGGAGGUGGCUUGUUGCUCUAGAGGACAGUAUUUUGGAGAGCUGGCACUGGUCACCAACAAACCUCGUGCAGCAUCUGUUUAUGCUGUGGGAGAAACCAAAUGUUUAGUAAUCGACAUUCAGGCAUUUGAGCGUUUGCUGGGUCCCUGUAUGGACAUCAUGAAGAGAAACAUCUCCCAGUAUGAAGACCAACUGGUGGCACUGUUUGGCUCCAGUGUAGAUUUGAAACAUUAGGACACAAA